CCCAACUAGUCGGAUAUCCGUUACAACGGAGAAUCCUGUUUGCGUAAAUUUGCAGGUUCGUUGCUCCAGUUCUUCGCUGCCGGACCUCUCACUGAACAUCAUAAUCUCAUUCGAAUCGACAAUCAUGCUCAAGACGGCGCUGCGAGCCAUCAAUAAGACUUCUUUCGAAAGUCGGGCGUCCCAAAUCUACUGGGCCAGACCCUUGAGUUCGUCCAGCUCCUUAUGGGUGACGAGACCUAAGUCGAGCGCAUCGAGCUCAGAAUCGACCAGGCCUCCCCGAUCGGUAGAAGAGGCCAGAUCACAAGCAUGGUAUCUUGAAGACGAGCCAUCACCGUCUCGAUCCAGUGCUCCAGAAUCAUCGUCUCGUCGACAACCUGUUUUCACAACAUUCGAUCCAUCUCGCACUACAUCCGAUUCAGAAGUUCAACCUAUUCAACCUCUCGAUCCCUCGGCCCCAGACUGGUUGAGGCCCUUACACGACUUCAUGACUUCCGAACAAGCGGCAGAAGUCUUGGAAAGUCAUACGGUGGUGUUCAUGCCUACUAUCCGAUCCCCCUCGGUGCGGCCAGACGAGGAGAUCAGAGGGGAAGGAUCGCCUGGACCUCUAUGGGAUUGGGUCGUCGCUGGUGUGGUCAAGGGAACAGGUAAAGGAGUGGUCGGUAGAGCAGACCGAGCGGUCCGUCGAUGGCUCCGAGACAAUCCCUCAAUCGGAAAGGUCGAGACAUUUUCCAACUCGAAUGAUCGACGAUCGUCUGGCAAAUUUCCUAGAAUUCCUGAAGACUCAGAUUGGUCUCUUAUAUGUCUGCCCAAUCGGAAACUCUGUAUCAAUCUCUUCACUGCAGAGGGAAGAGAACACUGGGAUCUCGAAGAGCUAUGGACGGGCCAAUCAAAGCUGAAAAUCAAGAGGGCUCCAGAAGCCGAGGAACAGGUGUCUAGUUUCUUCGAGACACGCGCAACAUAUGACAGUCGUCGACUGUGGUAGGGCGUACAUUUCAGGUCACUCGCAGCAGUACCGUAGCUCGACAGCAGUAACGUUCAUACCGAUA